GGGGCGGAGGAAGCCAACAAGCACCGUUGCAACGUAAAAAGGGCCGCCGUUUUCUCUUUCUCCGAGCCCGCGGCGGCCGCCGCCUCCUCGCCACCAUGGGGAAGUCAUUCGCCAACUUCAUGUGCAAAAAGGACUUCCACCCCGCCUCCAAGUCCAAUAUUAAAAAGGUAUGGAUGGCAGAACAGAAAAUAUCUUAUGACAGAAAGAAACAAGAAGAAUUAAUGCAGCAAUAUCUUAAAGAGCAAGAAUCUUAUGAUAACAGAUUGCUUAUGGGAGAUGAACGUGUCAAGAAUGGUCUAAAUUUUAUGUAUGAAGCACCACCUGGAGCAAAAAAAGAAGAAACCAAAGAGCAGGAGGGAGAAACCGAUUACAAAUUUGAAUGGCAGAAGGUAGCUCCACGUGAAAAGUAUGCUAAGGAUGACAUGAACAUUAGAGACCAGCCAUUUGGCAUCCAGGUGAGGAAUGUGAGAUGCAUUAAAUGUCACAAGUGGGGCCAUGUCAACACAGACCGGGAAUGUCCUUUAUUUGGCCUUUCUGGAAUUAAUGCAAGCUCCGUUUCCAGUGAUGGCUCAGGGCCAUCGAUGCACCCCUCAGAGCUAAUAGCGGAGAUGAGAAACAGUGGGUUUGCACUGAAACAAAAUGUACUGGGGAGAAACUUGACCGCAAAUGAUCCAUCCCAGGAAUAUGUUGCAAGCGAGGAAGAAGACGACCCAGAAGUAGAAUUUCUGAAAUCCUUAACAACGAAGCAAAAACAAAAACUUUUGAGAAAACUAGAUAACCUAGAGAAGAAGAAAAAGAAGAAGAAGAAAGACAAAAAGAAGAAAAAGCAGCAGAAGCGAAAAAGUAAAAGUAAGCACAGAAAACACAAGAGCAGGUCCUCUCCCACAUCCUCCAGCCAAUCUUCAGCGAGCAGCAGCGAUAGUGAGAGCAGCAGCAGCAAAGGCAAAGACCCUCGCAGAAAAAUAGACUCUCAGAAAAAAAGGAGAAGCCGGCUUGCAGAGAGUGACAGCAGUGAUUCUGAUGAGGAGAGGAGGGGGAAGAAAAAACUUUGCAAAGAUCCCUCCAGCAGCCAGGAUAACAAGGACAAAGGGAGGGAGAAGCCUCAGCUUUUAAAGGAGGAAGAUCGCUCUUGGGAGAGCAACAAACGGGGCUCCGGGGAGAGCAAAAGGAACGCCACAGGCAGAAAGGAAAACCCAGAGGGGUGGAAAGAAUCAGAACGACCCGGACACGCAAGCAGGAGCCACAACAAGGGGGAGAGGAGCAGGCAAAGCUCCCAUUCAAGGCAGCGGGCUUCCAGUCGAAGUGAGGAACCAGACAAGAGUAAGGAAGUAAAAAGCCACACUUCAGAGGUAAGCAGAGAGCAAAGGAAGCGUAAAGAGAGCCACCCGGAUGAAUACAGCAAGAGGGAGCACCGAGAAAGAAGCAAAGAGAGGGGAAAAUAGAGAAAGUGGGUGGCACGUGUUUUUCUUUCUUUCUUUCUUUCUUUCUCUUUUUUCAACAGCUCUUGGGAAGGGCUCCUGCUGUGCCCUUCUAGGUCUCAUAAGCUCUCAGAAAAAUCUCAGCUUCGCACUUCAAGCAUUCUUGCAUACUUACGUUGUAUCUAUCAUGUAACAAGUAAAUAAACACAAACCAGGUUUUUCCGUUGAAAUUAUUUCAUUGCGGAGGUGGAAGGGAGUGGGAAGAAAAGUUAUUUGGUGCAUCCAGCUUUCUUUCACCAUUGAGAUCAGCGUGCAGGAAAAGGACUCGGUACUGGAGUUUCAACAAUAGCAUGUUUCUUUCUUUAGAUAAUAUAUCUAGACGGGCCUUGCAAGAAACAAAAGAAGCUGUUCCAGAGACAUGGAAUUAUUUUGUUUGCAUUUAAUGUGGUUUGGAAUAAAAUUCCUGUUAAGAGGCAUAAAAACUGGAUUAUUUCGAUCUGAACUUUUAGGUUCUUUUUUGAGGAUGGUUUCCUAAGUUGAAGCAGCAGAGCAGCAUUCUUCAACAUAGGCAAAUAUGUUUUGUCCUUGUGAAAGUAUAUCUUCAUCACAACCAUCUAAAUGUGUGAACUCCCAUUGGCAUCACAGUGUCAGUUAUUUUGCACCACUUGAGAAAAAUAUUUUUUGUGUUAAGAAUUUCUAAGUGUUGUAUGCUACAGAAAUAUAACGUCCAUUCCAGCCCUACCUUAUUAAACUGCAGAUCGUUAUUGUUAAGAUUUGAAGGAUUUGGCAGUCCUCAUUAGUGAGACACUGAGCAAUUUUGCUGUCUUGCUAUAGUUUAAAUCUUAUUUAUCAAUGCUUGUUUUUCUGUACUGUUUUGCAUUGCCAUGCUGAGAUUUUUGCAUAAAAAUGAAAUGUGACUCACUUUGCAAAGCUGAGCUCUGAUGUAUGUUACAUCUUUACCUUUCAUCGUAAGUUUUAUAAUAAAACUUAUACAAUUAAACUCUGUGGCCUUUGAAUGCAAAGUAAUAAAGUGGUGACAUUUUCACAGAAUGAAAAUACAUUCUUUGGCCUGAUUAUCAAUAAAAAUAAUAUAUAAACUA